CGGGUGAGGAUGUGCGUCACCCUCAUGGGUUCCAGAGAAGGAUAGUAGGGGAUACCUUCUCCCGGUCUCUUCGCUCCGCUUGCUUGGCCCUUCUCCGACGAAGACCAUCUUUCGUGGAAGAGCAACGACUACAUCGGGCCUGAUUCAACUGCACAGCAAUCCUGUGAACUUCGCCCACGACCUCGCAGAGAAACGUCACCUGCUCUUUGAGUCUGGGAGCGGCAUGGCUGCCACUGCUGCUACCCUAAGCUUGUCCUCUGCAUCUCUGCGCAGCUGCUCUUUGGCAACUGUCGAAGGUGGUUGCGCCCAACUUCGCAGGCCGAGCAAUGUCUUGUGCUGCGCUGCCGCUUCGAAUGCCUCUUCUGUGAGGUCCUCUUUCAUGGGGGCCGCAGUGGGGCCAGGGUUCAGAUUGGCGAGCCUGAGGUCUCUCAGGGGAGCCCGAGUUUUGCAGCAUCAGCCGCGCAGGAGUUACCGAGGUGUCGGAGCUCGAGCGUCCUGGGCGCAGGAAGUGCUAUGGGCGACUUCGCCUGUAGCGGAGGUGGAGACUGCCGCCGAAGAUUUGUACCAUGUUGUGUUAGAUAUCAGCGAUAAUCCCGAGCUCAUGAAUGGUCACACUAAAGCUGGCCAAUUUGUACAGGUGAAAAUUGGAAAUGUUAAGCCCGCAUUUUUGGCUAUUGCUUCUGCGCCAACAGUUGCACGAAAGGGGAGGCUAGAAUUUUUGAUAAAGGACAUCGAAGGUAGCACGGCAGGUAUGAUAUGUAGUGUACGAAAAGGUGACAAGGUUGAGCUGAGCCAGGUCAUGGGAAGUGGCUUCCCAACUGAGCGAAUCUUUCCUGCUGAAGAGAAUAAGACAGUAUUGCUCUUUGCCACGGGUUCUGGCAUCAGUCCAAUUCGUUCACUGAUCGAAGCCGGUUUUGAAGCGAACAAGAGAAGUGAUGUGAGGCUUUACUACGGCGCCAGAAAUCUCGAGAGGAUGGCGUAUCAGGACAAAUUUAAAGCAUGGGAGUCAUCAGGUGUACAGGUCAUUCCUGUUCUUUCACAACCUGGCGAGGAGUGGACUGGCGCUCAAGGAUACGUUCAGGCUUUCUUCUCCAAAAACAAAGCAAUUACUAAUGGACCACAAACAGGAGCUUUGCUGUGCGGACACAAACAGAUGGCACUGGAUGUGACUGCCCUUCUUGUGGAAGAGGGAGUUCCCAAGGAGAAAAUUCUUUUGAACUUCUAAGACCUCAACUUCGAAGGGUGGAAGUGUCUCUGCUGUUUCAUUUUCUAUAAAUGUUGUUCCUCGAGUUCAAAUGAGAUGAGUAUAAUGGAGUUUUUCCAAAUUUGGUGGCUCCUGUCUUGUGUUUAAAGCACUAGAAUGCGGUCGUAUACUGUACCAAAUGAGGUAUUCAAUUUUCCCCUCAUUAGUGUAGCCACUUAUUCUUCCAUUGACUGAGAAUAAUCCGAAGACUUCAGACAGUGCCUUGGUAGUCCUCAUACUUUGGCCAGAUUGUACCAUGAUACGGAAUAGUGAAACAUAUGGAUCAUCGAAUUUGUUUCAUAAAUUUGCCGUCAGCACAGAGUUUUCCUUUGCAGGGAAUUCACUCACGAAUUGGAUGAGCAUCGUACAUAUUAGGUGUUCUUGGUGUUACUGGGGUGAGCUGCCUUAUGUGGCCAUGCGAAGGACACUUGGCUAUGCAAAGGAGCCUAGAGCUCCUUUGAAACGGUGAUCGUGAGAUCACCGUUUCUAACCAUUGUAGGUUUUUUUGACGGCCUUUGUACUGUGUGAGCGACAUAACGACUUCACACCCUCUAACAAGGUAUUCUUCACUACAUGGGC